AUGUACUCACCAGAGACUCCUUACCUUGAAAUCAAGCCCGCCCGGCCUGCCUUGACUUCCUUUGCUGUCCAAAUAGUAGAUAAACAGCUCCGGAAGGAGCAGCAGAAAGUGUUGCAGCCUGAGACAGGACUUGCAACUCACCAGCCUCUUCUAUGGCACUACAUCCUGUCGCUUUCUUCCCCAAGGAUCUGUAUUCGCAAUGGAAUCUGUGCGCAUAUUAUAUCAAGUAUAGAUUUCUCGCAUACCGAGAACACUCGCAUACUGCCAGCCAAGUAUUCUAUCCUCUACUUUGCUUGUGGUGCCCCUAAGACUCUGUUCACCCAUGGUUCACGCAUUGCACAUACCAUGGCCUAUAGUACAACAUAUUCACUCCUACACCGGCUAUCUGACCACAAAGCCACGUACCUUUUCAACCUGGGCAAUGACGAGAUACAGUGGCCAAUUAUCCAGAUGGACAAUGUGCAGGGUUACACCCACCAACGCAACUCUCGUAUCGGACGAGAAGAUAUUAUGAUAACAGGGACUGCCGGAACUGUAAUAGAAGCCCACAAUUUUAACAUGAUAGACCAAGCGCACCACCGGACAAUAAUGUCCCUCCACUGGCUUCAGGUUCUGGUUUUCUAUGUUCCUGAACUGGCUCAUUACAAAACCGAAGUGUCCCAGCUUAUUUGUACGAAAGCAUUGAAAAAAAGACUUUCCCUGAAAGCGACAGUGGCCCAUCCACUAGCUACAAACACUUUUAAUGAAACUCGGACGACCGAGCUUAAGGAGGCCCUCCUGGAUUUUCUGGCCCAAAUCAAUCAAACCCCAGACUUCUAUAAACAAAGAUUGGUCCUGGUGGGCGGGGAUGGAUUAAAUUUAAAGAGAUACUUACAGUUUCACAGCAACACUUUCGAGCGUCUUGAUAUAAUAGAGCCCAUCCUUGAGCUGUGGCAUACGGAGUGGACAAAUCUCAGCCGUUUGUUUGAGACUCACUGGGGGGAAGGCAUCAGCAAUGAUCCCUCAACGUUAGGCCACAGCGCUUCACAGAUUGGUCGUAAAGCUCCAAUCAACCUCAAAAAGGUUGAUUACUAUCCGUGCUUCCACCUGGCGAACUUGGUUCUCGAGACUUGGCUUCUAGACUGCUGGAGUCUAUCGAGCCUGGAGGAGAUGGCUGUAAAACUGCAUCGUCAGUAUUCAAGCAUGUGGGCAUAUCAUAAUGCUAUGACAAAACCACAUCCUGCCGACCCUCACUUAGUACCUACUGGUUUGCAAUGGGACCCUGGAUCUGUACCAAACACAGUCCACACGAGAAUUGUUGAAAUGCGAGUAUCUGUGAAGGUUAAGAAAAGUAAGAAGAAGACAGAAAAAGAAGUGGAGACUGGCGCACCUUUUGAAGGUGAUCAAUGCCUUGCUCAAUCCAUUCUUUUGAUGCGAGACAGCCUCAUAGCUCGCAAAAUGGCCUAUGCAGUGAGUGAUGGGGAUAUUGGACGGGUAUAUGAAUGUCUGAAGUUGAUGGUUUUCACGUUUUCCGGGUCAUUGCAUACAAAGUACACGACUUAUCUCCUAGAAAUGAUAUGUAGUCUCAAAUAUGAAUCCAGUGAUGCUCUACGCAAUGCAAUCAUGCAGAACUGGUUAGUAAAUCUUGAAGGGACUGCUGGUUCGUUCUAUGCUGGAGAUCUGUUACAAGAACAUCUUAAUAACUCUCUACAAGAGUCCAGAGACCACAACGACGUACCUUGGGACAGUCAUUUCAUGCGAAACAUUGUGUCGCAUAAUGUGCUGGAGUUCAGCCGGAUCAAAAAAGAUAUGCUGGCAGAGCUUUCUUUGGCACGACGCAGCAACAAGCAUGCUGAACCGCAUAAUCAGCCCAAAGUAAAGAGGCUGUUACAGACGUACCAGGAGCACAAGAUCCAUCUUUUCCGAAGUGGCCGACACUACAGUGGACGAGACAAAGACGUGGACGACUUCACAAGAGGACUGAACAAGCUACUACAAGGUACAUUAUCAAGAUGGGUCAAUUCUACCAUGACAACAAGGGGACUCUCUUCGCCAUCGGAAAUGGAGGACCUGAUUGAAGAGGAUGACAAAGAUGGUGUUGAGGAAAUGUAUGAUACAGGCCCAAGGAGAAAUGGGACCAGUUACAUAGAAAACGGCGAGUUGCAAAUUGAGUAUGAUGAGUUGGAAAGCGGGGAACAAGAGGCAUUGUGCCAAAUGGCCCAGGAGGAAGCAAUCAGUGAAAGUGAUGAAACAGAGGGAGAGGGGACCGACCAGGGCCUUUAA